CACGAUUUAUUCACUUUAAGAGCCAUGGCUCGCAUGUAUGUGACUGUGGGCCUUUAUUUUGAAAUGUGUGGAAGUGUUGGUGCCGUGUGUUGAGCUUCACCCCUUCAUUCUCCUCAGAGACUCCGACAUCAUGGCGGACGCCGAUGACUGGGAUGCUGAUAGUUUCGACCCCGAGGAGCCCAUCAAAAAGGCGGCAGUUCAUGACAAAUGGGAGGGCGAGGAUGAAGACGACGACGUCAAAGAUAAUUGGGAUGAUGAUGAAGAGGAAGAAAAGGAGGAGGAAAAGAAAUCAGAGGCCAAACCUACAGAAAAGAAGAAACUCAGCGAGAAAAUAAAAGAAAAGGAAAAUUUACAAAGAAAAAAACAAGAGGAGCUCCUUAAACAAUUAGAGGAGUCGGAAGACAGCACAGAACUCACACCAGAAGAAGAGCUGGCAGAAAAACUUCGAGUAAAAAAACUACAGGAGGAUUCAGACUUGGAACUAGCAAAAGAAGCAUUCGGUGUAGUAUCAAAUAAUGUUACAGGAAUUGAUGCCAUGAGUCCCUCUACAAAAGAAGACUUCACAGAGUUUGAGCGGUUGCUAAAAGAAAAGAUUUCUUCUUAUGAGAAGUCAAUACACUAUUCCAGCUUUUUAGAGACACUGUUUAGGGACCUGUGUCUUUCAUUGGAAGUUGAGGACUUUAAGAAAAUUAGCACCUCGCUAACAGCGUUACUGAGUGAAAAGCAGAGGCAAGAAAAGGCAAACAAAGGUAAAAAGAAAAAGAAGGGAGUUUUACCCGGAGGAGGUUUAAAAGCCACAAAGAGAGAUGAUCUGGCAGACUACGGGGAGUUCGACGGCGGUUAUGCACAAGACUACGAGGAUUUCAUGUGACCAAGGCUUAACCCAUUGCUAUUGUUUGCUGAUUGCUGAAGCACACACUUUAACAGCAUGACCUUACCCCCCAGUCAGGCCCACGCUAGACAACUCUGAACCCAUCCCACACACUCUCCCCUCAAGAGGUUCAUGCAGAGAAUCAGUUCACUGCGCCAUUUUUCUCUGGUCUGUGAACUUCGGUAUAAUAAACCCAAUUAAAAAUGGGGUCCUUCUCACAAAUGUGAAUCUGCAGCUUCGAUUAAUCGUCAUGGUCCAGGCAACAAAGAGUGUUAUUGUUCGGUGACUGAUAUUUCUUGGAAAUAAAUGACAUUCUAUGCAAAUUUCAGUCCGGAUUGAUCUGUCGUUGAAUCGGCUUUGGCUGGUAUACUUUUGCCACCAGACCGAUUAACUCGACCUGUACAGCCUGAAGUGGUGAUAUGGUUUAUAAAUCAUGUUUUCAAUCAGACG